CAGAGGUGGCUUGUUGCGAUUUUCCAUGACUAAUACUAAUAGUAAAUUAUCAUUUAAGUAGAUACUUUUAAUAGUUUUUAAUUCAUAAUAUCAAUGUAUUAUACUCUAUAGUGUUAACAGUUUUCCAGUAAUAUAAUAUUGAUAAUUUCACGUUAUUAUAAGUGUAUUCGAAGUUAAAGUAGUGCAAGAUGACUUUCGCCGAAUUCUUCAGCUGUUCCCUGCUGGCCUUUGGGCCUCCUCUCGUAAUGUUCGCAAUGACGAUCGCUAAUGAUCCUGUGAGGAUUAUUAUCAUGAUAGCAGCGGCCUUUGGGUGGUUACUGUCAUUCCUGUUAUCUUCACUUGUAUGGUUCGCAGUAGUGCCUUUACGGACAUAUUUAGUGUUUGGAAUGGUGUUUGCUAUUAUAUUCCAGGAGCUCUUCCGCUAUGGCAUGUAUGUGCUUCUCCGGAAGACUGAGGCUGGCCUGAAGGAGAUUUCAGAGAAUCAUGAGAUUGGCAGUAACAAGUUGGAGAUGGCGUAUGUUUCGGGGCUCGGAUUUGGAGCAAUGAGUGGUGCAUUUGCUCUUGUCAAUGUCCUAGCAGAUUCGGUUGGACCAGGGACUCUAGGCCUUCACAAUGGCACAGAAUAUUUUUUUGUCACAAGUGCUGCCAUGACACUCUGCAUGAUCCUGCUCAACACUUUUUGGAGUGUCAUUUUCUUCAGUGGUCUUGAUGAUAAAUACUACCCAAAGAUAGUCUGGGUUGGGCUCCAUUUCUUUGUAUCAGGAUUAAGUUUACUAAACAGGAAUGAACUGUAUGCAGCUACUAUUAUUCCAUCAUAUAUUGUCCUAAUAGUAACUGCAUAUUUAGCAUACAGGUCUGCUGGGGGUACUGGUAGAAGCUUUUUACAGAGCUUUUCUGCCAGAACAUAGAAGAGGGAUUACUACUAAAUGGCCCAGUGCCUAUACUAACAUGCAAAUAAUGAUCUCGACCUGGCCUGUACAUUUAAAUGUUGAAAUUUUUUUACAUCUAGAGAUUAAUUUUCAGAAGUAAUAAACCUUUCCAGUACUUAUUAAACCAGUUUUCAGUCGAGACAAGCAAUAACUGUCAAAUAACUGACAUACCUGUUGAAAAAAUGUGUUGUAGAGAAUGAGUGCCAAUGGCACCAGCAUGCUCCCUUCAUAUUGGUUUGUGCUCCUAAUAAUCCUAAAGAGAGGCUUCUUCUGAACAUGUAUUUAAUUUUAUAGUUCAUAUUGUAAUCCAGUUUGAAUCAAACCAUAUUCAUUUCACUGUUAUCUUAUCAAUAUCAUGAAGUACAUAUGUGGAGGCUUGUGUGUUUUGUUUUACCUUAAAAUGAUAUAAAUAAUAAAUAAAUAUUAUAAGACAAUCUUACACAGAUUGACUGAGUCCCACGGUAAGCUCAGGAAGGCUUGUGUUGUGGGUACUCAGACAACGAUAUACAUAGUAUACAAAUACUUAUAUACAUAGAAAACAUCCAUGACUCAGGAACAAAUAUCUGUGCUCAUCACACAAAUUCGAACCCGGAACCGCGACGUAGCAGGCAGGGUCAAUACGCAAUAGGCCAGACCGGAUAUAAAUAUUUUAUUGGGCAAUGAUUAUUUUAUCCUUAUUUAUCUUAACAAGCCAAUGUCUACUAGCUAUUUUAACAGACAAUAAUAAUGAUAUUAAUGGAUAGAUAAAAGAGUAAUAAAAGCUUAAAUAGGUUUAACAUUAAUUUAUUUAAAAUUCAUUCCUUAGCCUAGUUAAUUGUAUAAAUUGGACGGAAAAUUAAUUAUUAUCACAAAAUGAAAUAAAAUAUUCUAGACAC